UGUUCUUUCUCUUCCUUCCCGUCUUCUUUUUCCGCCAUUGUUUCAGUCCAACACAAAUGUCCAGAAACAGAACCAAAAAUUCGGAGAAUCCCACGAAAGAAGAAGGAGAAGAAUUAUCAAAGAAAAACAGAGGAUUGAACAUCGAAGGAUACCCAAUAGAGGGAUUGUCGAUCGGAGGGCACGAGACAUGCAUAAUCUUACCGACACUCAACUUGGCGUUCGACAUUGGACGAUGCCCACAACGUGCCAUUUCCCAGGACUUCCUCUUCAUCUCCCACGCCCACAUGGACCACAUCGGAGGACUACCGAUGUAUGUUGCAACUCGCGGGUUAUACAGCAUGAAGCCCCCAACAAUUUUUGUACCAAAAUGUGUAAAAGAAGAUGUAGAAAAACUCUUUGAGGUGCAUAGAAAAAUGGAUCAGUCAGAACUCAAACAUAAUCUAAUUGGCCUGGAUGUUGGAGAAGAGUUUUAUAUAAGAAGGGAUCUGAAAGUAAGAGCUUUCAAGACAUACCAUGUCAUUCCAAGCCAGGGUUAUUUAGUUUUCUCUGUGAAACAGAAGCUUAAAAAUGAGUAUAUUGGGCUUUCUGCAAACGAAAUUAAAAGCUUGAAGUCAUCAGGUGUGGAGAUCACAUACACGCUGACAGAACCACUAAUCGCUUUUACAGGAGAUACCACAUCCGACUUCAUCGUUGACAACAGUAACAUUGAUGUUCUGAGGGCAAGGAUUCUUGUUAUGGAGAGCACCUUCCUCAACGACUCAGUUGCAGUGGAGCAUGCUAGAGAGUAUGGACACAUUCAUCUGGCUGAGAUAAUAAAUCAGGCAGAAAAGUUUCAGAACAAAGCAAUUCUUCUGAUUCACUUUUCAGCUCGUUAUACGGUUAAGGAAAUUCAACAAGCAGUAUCCUCCUUGCCUGCUCCUUUAGCGGGACGGGUUUUCGCUCUUACAGAAGGCUUCUAAGAAAGGAACGGAAUGCCAGAACUUUGUGCGCUUUUGGCUCUUCAAGAGUGAUUUAGAGAGACCAUUUGUUUUCUUAUGCUAGCAAGUUUGGCGCCUUGAAUUUGCAUGCUAAACACAACGCGUAUGCCACAGGAGGAGGUCUUUGUUGGAGGAAAUAUGAAGGGGCCAUAUGAUCCGAUUACGCAGACAACCAAGUGGGCGAGCAUAUCAGCUUCCACUUAGAGGCCAAGUCGAGUGGGGCUCAUUUGACAUUGUUAAUGCUUAGGCUUUUAGGAAGUAGAAUAAGAAGAGUAAAAGUUGCAACUUCUCUGCUUGUAUCAGAAACAAUAUUUCAGAUGUUUAAUUGGGCAAAAUUUGAUAUUUGAGCAAUAAAAAUAUCAAAGUGAAGUUAAAAAAAAAAAAUUAU